CAAGAGAGAGUAUAGCUUUAUGAGCCAUUAUCGUGGGCGCAAUGGCGAGGAACAAGAAGCAAGAAAUUGCCAGCUUGCGCCGAGAGCUUGCUGGCGAAAGAUUGGUGCCUUUGAAUCGGCUCGCGGGCGACAGCGGCACUGAUGAUGGAGAGCGGAGACAUCAGUUGGUCUGGCAAAACUUUCGCAUAAAGGAUUGCACAUCAGCCAAUGCUAUGGUGCUUGGCACAGAGCAUCCUGAAUUCAUCGAGGGUCAGGAGGCAGCGGCUGCCAACACUGUGGAUCUCUUCGACUCAAUGGAACUUUACCCUGCUGGUGUGGUAGGAGUGCCACUAGAACGUUUAGCGACGGUUCAUGGGCAUUACUUUGGAAGUGGCUUUGAAAAGACAGUUGGCAAGAAGCUGCGGCAGUUUUGCAUCGAAAAGUUUGAGUAUGACGACCGUACCAAGAAGGUACGGCUUUCUGCAAAAUUGCUGAAUGCAAUGCGAAAAAAUGAGGCAAGAGAUUUAAUCAAAGAAGAACACGCGCACUUCAAACGCUACAAAGAGGGCCUGAUCGAGGAGCGAGAACCGGUGAAGCCGCCACCCUUUGCACUGGCGGCACCUCAAGUGGCCUUUGACGCGGAUCAUCGGCCAAGAUACGCGACUACGAAAAUGACACCUGAUGAGCUCGAAGAGAGGCCUAUGAAUGCCAAGGGACUUGGCAAGGGUGACUACUUCUGAGCCGAGCUGCAUAGGACACCUGUACGGGCAGGACAACCGGUUCUUCCUUGCGCCGAGAAUAGGACAUGCUAUUCUGGACAGGUACUUUUAUCGUUUGUCAUUCCGUUUCUGCCCAAGAGCUUGUUUUCGCUUGACAGCUUCAGGGUGCUAACUUGCAGAGCAGUAGACACGAUUCGCUCCAAAAAAUGGCCGAGCAUU